AUGUCGUCGAAAUCUCGGCCGAUAGCACCACCGCCGCCGCCAACAAACAGCACCGGGCAACGGCAAUGCCUAAAAUAUGUAGCCAACAGCAUGAUGAGCGGAUCGUGGAAGUUAGUAGCUAUCGUCGCCACUUUUAUUCUGAGCAAGAUUCUUCACCAACUCUUGAAGCCUUUAUCUCAACCCCAAAUCAUUUCUGAUAUUCUUGUAGGGAUAUUUCUUGCUUCGAUACAGGCCAUACGUGAUUCAUUUGGGGAUCAAUCUGCUGUAAACAUGGACAACAUUGUUGAUUUCGGGAUGAUUCUGUACACGUUCGUUCUAGGUUUAGAAAUGGACCCUUACGUGAUCUUCAAGUCACCGGCACGCCAUACGGUGGUCGCGUACGCUAGCUUGUUAUCCACGUUUCUAUUGACCUCCGUCCUGACCCCAUGGCUGCAUUAUGGUACCAAGGAGACCAACAUGGUCGUCAUAACUAUCACCCUUUCCGUCACUCUCGCCGGCACCGGCUCUCACAUAUUGACCCGACUCAUAACGAAUCUCAAGAUCGGCAAGUCCGACAUCGGUAAGAUAGCCAUCGUCGCGGGCGUUCACUCCGACAUGAUAGCCAUGGUCUUCCUUUGCGUCAGCUUCAUAUUCUUCCCCUUGAUGAGGAUUUCGACCGCGAGGGAAAUGGUCAAGCACGUCGUCAAGAUGGUGUCGGCGCUGGUGAUACAGACGUCGGUGGCGGCGAAGAUCUCGCCACUCUUCUUGGACUGGGUUAACAACGAGAACCCCGAGGGGAAAGCGCUCAAGGGGCCACACCUGGUGCUAUCCAUGGCUUUCAUGGCGGUCAUAUGCAGCUGCGGCGCUUGGUUCGGCUACAACCCUUAUCUGAGCUCGUUCAUGGCGGGGCUUUUCUUGCCGACGGAGGGGCGGAUAUCGAAAUGGGCGAUCAGCAAGCUCAACUACUUCUUGAACCUGCUUUUUUACCCUCUUCUCUUCUUCUGGGUGGGGCUUAAGAUUGAUUUCACGGAGUUUGAAGGAGGCCAGCCGGAAACAUGGGAAAGGUUUUUUGCGCUUUUAAUCAUACUAUCGGUCGGGAAAAUCACCGGAACUGUCAUCGGUGGGAUCAUGGUGGGUUUCCGGUGGCCCGAAUUGGCAGCCAUAGGAUUGCUUUUGAUGGUUAAGGGUCAUUUUAACGUAUACUUCGCCGUUCACGCCCUCAGGCAUGGUGAUAUAGAGAUGACAACUUGCAUUUCAAUGGUGCUUGUGAGCUUCCUGUCUAUUGUGCACGCUCCCUUCGUUGUGAAUCAUAUAAUUGAACGAGCGAGGCAGCUUGUCCCGGUUCAAAGGAUGACUCUCCAGUGCCUGGACCCGACAACCGAACUCAGAAUCAUGCUCUGCGUUCAUGAACCUCACAAUCUGCCUUCCACCAUAAACCUAAUGGACAUCUCCAGGGGCAAACCUAACCCCGGACUCCACGUUUUCGUCACCGACAUGGUCGAGCUCACCGAGAAACUGGCGGCGACGCUGAAGCAAGACCAAGGGACCGACAACAUGGUCGUGACUGACGAGUCGGUGAUCAGCAUGAGGGAGCACAUCACUCGAGCUUUUCAAUCUUACGUCGACGAGAACGGCGCCGGGAUCACGCUUAGCCGGUCGCAUGUGCUCUCGACAUUCAACGGCAUGGCCAAGGAUCUGUCUUCUUUGGCGGAGGACUUGAUGGUCUCCAUCAUCUUGCUGCCGUAUCAUAAGAGGUUGAGUGAGGAUGGUUCCCAUGAUUCAGGCAGUCCUGGUUUUAGAUACGUUAAUAGUAAGUUGCUUAGACGAGCUCCAUGUUCUAUUGGAAUUUUGGUAGAAAAAGGAUCCGGAUUUGCAGAAAAAAUAACAAAAUCAUCCCAAUGUAAGGUGGCAAUCAUUUUCAUCGGAGGCAAAGACGAUCGAGAAGCACUAUCGUUCGCGGGCCAAGUCGCAUGGCAUCCGGGAGUAGAGCUCACGGUCAUACGAUUCCUCCUCGACAAGAACUCGGAAAACAUGCCGAGGAGAUUGAUCAAUCUCACAAACAUAGCGGAGGAAGAAGCGGAGAUGAAGCUCGACGAUGAGAGCUUCACGGAGUUCUACGAGAAAUACGUAGCGGGUGGGACAGUGGCUUACAUGGAGAAACAUCUAGCGAACUCUUCCGAAACAUACACAACCCUUAGGUCGUUGAAAGGGCAGUAUAUGCUCAUCAUCGUGGGACAAGGUGGACGGGUGAAUUCGAUAUUAACACUCGGACUUAAUGAUUGGCAGGAAUGUCCAGAAUUAGGUUCGAUUGGGGAUGUACUUUCGGGGUCGGGUUUCGAGUGCGAGUCCUCGGUCUUGAUCAUCCAACAACAUAGAUUGAAAGGGCAAAUAGAUGGCUUAAAUGAUGACUUCUCCAUUAUGUAA